CUGACUCCUGAGCCAGCGAGUCCUGCAUCGCAAACAAGGCAGACCACGUCUUUUCUCGCCGCUCGCGAGCUCUUCCACUUCACUCCUCUUUACUCUACUCCCUCACACCCCACCAUGGCAUCACCAAUACGAACCUCCCUCAGAGAAGACCACGACGAAACCUCGUCGCUCCUCUCCAACGAAUGCUCCACGCCCAUCCGUAAACCCUCCCCUCCGGGCAACAGGUUGUCGCGACAAGCCGGGGCGGGGCACGCGCUCGACUCGCCCUCUGCGGUCGCGGGCGGGGCACACCUCACGCCGCAGCAGGUCGUGUCGCGCCGUAUGAGCCAGGCAAGGCUGCUCCGCAGCCGCUCCCUCGUGACGCUCAACGACCCCGACAGCGACCGGCUGUUGUCUCGCAGCAGGCUGUUUGCGCUGCUCGCCGUGUGCACGCUCAGCAUUGGCAGUCAUUUCACAAUGUACCUCCUUGGCCCGCUCAAAUCGCGCCUGCACAAGGAACUCGGCACGUCCAACUCGCAGUUCUCCCUCCUCGUCUCGGCGCUCAACCUCAACUCGACGUGGAUGCCCCUCGUGGGCGGCAUCCUCGUCUCGCGCUUCGGCACAAAGUGGUCCAGCAUCGCAUGUACCGGCUCGGUGCUGUUCGGUGCGCUCGUCCUCUUCCAGGGCGUGCUGCACUUUUCCAUCGUGACCAUGGCCCUCGGCCUCUUCCUCUUCGGGCUGGGCAUGACCCCCCUCAUGGUGGUACAGGAGACGCUGAUUGCGCGCCUGUCGCCCGGCGGCCACCUCGGCCUGUCGCUCGCCCUCGGGCUAGUGAGCGGCAAAACGGCGUCCUUCAUCUCGGCGUCCGUGUCCCUCCCGCUCGCCGAGCUCGGCGGCGACAAGGCGCCCUUCCUCGUCGCGCUGCUCCUGUGUGCCGGCUCGUUCAUGGCCAACAUUGCCCGCCUGGCGUUCGGCUGGGGCGCGGAGAAGACGAGUGACGUCGGACCGCACGCAAAGCGGAUCGUCAAGUGGGACGGGCUGAGCAGACUCGGCGAUGUGUUCUGGCUCUACAUUCUGCUCAACCUCUUCUGCGGUGCGAUCUGGCAGCCAUUCCUGCACCUCUCGGCCAACCUCGUCCAGGUGCGCUACGGCCUGACAGAGCAGCAGGCGUCGUUCAACGCCUCUGUCCUCCUCGGCGGUGCCAUCAUCCUGUACCCUAUCGUGGGCUGGAUCACGGACCACUACGGCCCCAAUACCCCGCGCACGACCUUCCUCCUCUUCCUCGGCACGUCGGUCCUCACGUUAUUCUGCUACGUGUGGCUCUCGCUCCCCGUGUCCUUUACGCACACCCCAUGGCCGGGCAUGAUCGCCUGGGCACUGGGCCACGGCGCGUCGACGCUCCUCCUCGUCGUGCUCAUCCCGCGUAUCCUGCCUGCCGAGCUCGUGCCUCUCGGGCUGGGGCUGCACAAGGCGCUCGAGGUCUGCGCGUCGACCCUCUGCCAGACGCUCUCGGGGCUGUGGCUUGACUGGGCAAAGGAGCACCGCGGGGGGCAGGAGAACGCCGCGCACUCCCUGCUCGUCAUCUACGCGGCCAUCAACGUCGUGCAGUUCGUGCUCGCGUACGCCCUGUGGCGGUUUGAGCGUGCACGCCGCCACGCAUGCGGGAGGCGGCAUGCCGCCAUCGUCGCGAGUGACGAGUACGAGAGACUGCCAAUGUAUGGUGGCGGCGCCGAGGCCGAGGCGUCGUCGCCUGAUUCCGCCCUGGCCGACGAUGACGACGAGGAAGACUUUUCCGACGACGGGAGCGACGACUCGGAGCGCAAGGACACGCACGAGGACGACGAGGGACCCCAGUCUGGCCUCGCGCGCAACGACGCCGAAAAGGCGCGCGGCAAGGUCUUCUUCAAGAUGGGCCUCGGGCUCAUCCUCACCGUAUGGGUCGUGUGGAUCGCCACGGCGUGGAAGAAGCUCUAGCCGCGAGCGAGCGCCAAGCUCUAGCAUAUUCAUCUUGCAUACCAGCUGUAGCAGUACCAAUGCAUUGUACGUGACGUGAUA